AAUUGGCACAACAAGUCUCAUGUCCGAAACUUUGUAAUGUAAAUGUAGCAUCAUCGAUCUAGUUUGCAGCUGCAGCAGGAACCCAAUCGAUUCUAUUUCCGUCCCAAAAUCUCUAACCAAGUUCCACAGCUGAACCACCAACAGCUUCUUUCAUUCGGAUUUUUGGGUUUUCGGGUGUGAUGGAAAAUUUCAGCGCCGAAGAUCUGUCGACGAUCGGAGGAAUCGCAACCGUAUCGCUUCUGCAUUCCUUCAUACCCACGCAUUGGCUCCCGUUCUCCAUCGUCGGCCGAGCCCAGAAAUGGACUCUCUCCCGUACCCUCUUCGUCACUGCAUUUGGAGCAGUCUUGCAUGUAAUAUCCACUGCAAUAUUAGGUAUAACAGCGGUCACAAUGGCAAACACCAUCGCCGGCGAGGAAACAGUACAUAAACUUGCUUCACUUCUGCUUGUAUUUCUCGGUGCCGGUUACAUUUUGUUGUUUUUAUCUGGAAAAGUCGGUCACAGUCAUUCACACAACCAACCCAUGGAAAAGAUGGCUGUUGCUGGACUUGUCCUUGUUCCUGCAUUGUCUCCUUGUGCAACUACACUUCCAGUAUUUCUUGCUGUGGGGAAUUCAUCAUCCAUGCUGGUGCUUGCUAUCAUAGUGCUGCUAUUCAGCACCAUAACGGUGAUGACUUCACUGGUGGCUCUGUCAUUCUACGGUGCAAGCCAGCUCAAGUUUCACUGGGUGGAGCGAUAUGACAAACUUCUUGUAGGGUCGGUGCUUUGUAUGGUAGGAAUUCUGACGCUUAUUUUCCAUGACCAUGAUCAUGAUGGAGGAGGUAGCACUGGGGGGCAUUUGCAUAGGAAAAUCAGUGGCCUUUGAAGAUUCUUGUCAUCCUUCAAAUUGUGUUUUGUGCCUUUACGAGAAAACUUACGACAAGAGAAUGUUGCUUCCGUCUGUAGUAAGCAGUGCGUGCAGUUGUUACAAACUUAUGUGCUACUAAUGAGUAUUGUAAUGUUUGCUCAAUUUGUUCAUUCCGAUUCUGGUAACUUGUGUUUGCACCUUGUUUCCUUUUCGUAGAUUUCAUAUCUUCCUCUUGUUGCUGCAUGGAUUUGUCAACCAAAGAGGUUCAGGUGCCGUUGUGGAUUGUUUCUCUUCACUUCUCCUUGUAACAGCAACAAGUUCAUCUAUAUCAAUUCCAUUUGGCAAUACAGAAUGUGCUGAUUACUUCAA